ACACGUGACAUGCCAUGUCAAACCAAAACACGCGCACAAAAAAAAGAGGAACCUCUUGCGUCGCCUUACGGUCACACGUCUCACACGCACGCAGCUGAGCCGGUGGUCUCGUGCUCGUCCCCGCUCGCCGUCGAGACUCGAUGAUAGGUGCCAAGCUCGCGACGCCAACGCCGUCGGUGCUCCUCCCGCCCUCCCCUCGCCUCCGCGGCCGCCGCCUCUCCCCCACGGCCGCCUCAUGCCUCCCAGACACAGGCACGGGCCGCCUGUAACCGCGGGCUCGGACCUAGACCGCCCUGUCCCGGCCGGGCAAGAGGCGGCGGCGGUGGCGGGGGCCGUCUCCUCCCCGCCGCGCUCGCGCGCCAGCUCGCAGCUCAGCCGGUGGUCGCGGGCGCGCGCCGUCCGGUCCGGGCGGCGGCUGGAGUGGCCGGCGACACGGGGGAGCGCGACGGUCUCGGUGCCGACCAGUUCGCCGCCGGCGUUCGACCAGGAGACUGCGGCGGCGGAGGAGGAGGACGAUGACGUUUGCGAUGUGUCUGAGGUCGACGGCGAGGCCGCGGCGAACUCGAUCUACAUGGUGUCGGACGGGACGGGGUCGACGCUGGAGCAAUCGGUGAACGCCGUGCUCGGCCAGUUCGAGCACUGCCUCGUCGACCGCCGCUGCGCCACAAGCACCCACCUCUUCUCCGGGGUCCUAUAGUGCUCCCUGCUCCAUUCAUUCCGUGGACGGCUGGAUUUGAUGACGAUGAUGAUUUUGACUCUAAUAGUCGUACGUGGUGGCUGGCAAGAUCUCAAGAUCGUUCUAGACUUCUCCUGGUCUAUGCACGUGGCGUAAUGGAUUUUAACGCUGACGGUGCUCCAACUCAUUAUGAUAGUACCCCUUCUGUCCAUUGCGGUCGCGCUGUUCACAGCUAUUCGGGGUAUACCUGCAUUGUAUUCUCGAAUGACACUAGUCGGUUACUUCCAGCCAACCCGUGGGAAAGGGUUACUAAUCUUGGAGACUAUUCUAUGUUCCUUGGGUUGAACUAUCCGAUUUUCAUGCCAGUGGGUGGUGCAACAUUUCCCCCAGGAUAUUUGACAAGAAGAAACUGCAUCUACACCACGCCUCAGGCCAUUGGCUCUCAGUUUGACACAUCACAUCAAGAAAUUUUCCGCUUCAGUCUAAAUGGCGAAGACCACCAAAGCAUAUCUUUCUCAAGCAGCGGUCCAGGGGCCAACUGGCAUACGGGGUUUUGGUUCAUCCCAAGCUACACCAACGCGCUGGACUGGAACAAAGACAAUCAGAGUUAGGGAUAUUUAUGUAAUAGUAGGAUCAUACUACUAGCUAGCUCAGUUGGUCUUGACUCCUAUUUAACUAUUUAUAGCUAAUGUACUUAGGUGAUAAAUU